CACGAGCCGUGCGUCGGAGAUGCCGCAGUUGUAAGGGGUUUGGCGUCCCUGGAAAGUGUAGUCUCCUGCAGAUUCACUUCCAGGUGCGUAUCCGAGGACGCUAGCCAAUAGAUCCGAAUUCAGGACUACGACGUUUGUUGGCAACAAGGAUUUUGAGGAGCACGUAUUUCAAAAUGGUGUUUAAAGGAUGAAGAUGCGAGAAACUGCGCAGCUACGACUCUAGAUGUAAACAAUGUUGACAGCUGGAGGCGCUGAGAUUGUCAUGCUGUCACAACCGGAGGUGGACUCAUACAGACAACAAAACUGGCCGUUCUUUAAAGCAGCCGAUGGUCUCUGUCUACUGAUACAUUGAACGCUGCGUCUGUUUAAAUGCGGAAUUUAUUUGUAGGUGCGAUCUGUCAAAUAAGCUGGCAAUCAGGUCUUCAAGCGUUAUGAUAUUUGGAAAACAGAUAAAUUAAGUACUCUAAACAUAUCAAUACAAGUGUCCUCAAAUACAAAAUUGUCAAAAUAAUGGAAGAAGAGAAUUAUAUUGAGGAGGACGAUGCCGCAUCACAACCAGUCCGACCUCUGCCCCGCCAGCGAGUCUCUCUGCAGAAGAACAGCGUGUGUUCCCGCUCUUACUUCAUGGUGGUCAUGGUCUUCUUCCACGUGUACAUCAUCAAUGUUAUUGCUCUUCUGCUGUACGUUCACUAUAAUAACGGAUCCACCCCGAGCACCCAGAACCGGGAUUUUAGCAGGAGAGAUAGCAUUCAUAAAGUUUCGGAAGCCUCGGAUGCGCAGACCCCCGCGGACUCAGGAUUUGCUCGGGAUAUGUAUCUGCCGCGCAUUGAAGGGAUACGGGUGGGACAUAUCCAAAAAGUGUCACUGGUGCCAGGCAAAGUCCAUGAGAUGAAGACACUCAGUCUGAAGCCGCUACUGUUUGAGAUCCCUGAUUUUCUGUCAGGGGAGGAGUGUAGUGUAGUUGUGCGACUGGCUCAGCUCAAGGGUUUAAUGGAGAGUCAGGUGAUGGUUCCAGAAGGUCAGGAGGAGCUUAACCAGCAGCUCAACCUCAGUCCAGAGGAAAUCUUCAAUUUCCUUGACCUCAACCAAGAUGGACAGCUGCAACCUCAUGAGAUUUUGACACACUCUCGAGUGAGAGAUGGAAUCUGGUUGACUUCUGAGAACCUUAAGGAAAUCUAUGAUGGGCUAAAAGUAGAUCAGGAUGGAAAUGGUCUCCUGAGUCUAGAGGAGUUCAGGCGUCUGAGGAGCGACGCCUUUCAGCGUUUUCUGAUGCAGCGUGGAGUGGAGAGGAGCCAGCUUGUGAGGAACAGCAGACACACUUGGCUCUACCAAGGCCAGGGAGCACAUCAGGUUCUUCAAGACCUCCGCAAAAGAGUCACUAGUCUUACACGACUACCGUCAUCCCUGGUGGAGUUAAGUGAGCCGCUACAAGUUGUCCGCUAUGAGCAGGGAGGCCAUUACCACGCUCAUCAUGAUAGCGGGCCGGUCUAUCCCGAAACAGCUUGUACACACACUCGCCUCACUGCCAACACAACCUCCCCGUUCCAGACUUCCUGCAGGUAUAUCACAGUUCUGUUUUACCUUAAUAAUGUUGAAGAAGGAGGAGAAACUACCUUUCCAGUGGCUGAUAACAGAACUUACGAAGAAGCGUCACUGAUACAGAAUGAUGUGGAUUUGUUGGACACCAGAAAACACUGUGAUAAGGGCAACCUGAGAGUGAAGCCUACUAAGGGGACAGCAGUAUUUUGGUAUAAUUACCUCUCUGAUGGCAGAGGUUGGGUGGGUGAACAGGAUGAAUAUUCUCUUCAUGGUGGCUGCGUGGUGACACGAGGGACCAAGUGGGUCGCAAAUAAUUGGAUCAAUGUCGAUCCAGAUUACCAGCGGCAGGCACAAUACCAACAGCUUGUUUCUCAACAACAAGAGAUACAGGAGCAGGAAGAAAUCAUUUCAGAACUGAAAUCAGAACGGCAUACAGAAACACAUCAGGAGCUGUAAAUACAUUUGCACCCACUCACAGGUUUGUAGACAUGCUCACGUAUGCAGUUACAGUGCACAACACAUGUACACACAUUCACUUAAUGAUGAUGAUCUGAAGUACUGUACAUAAUCUGUGACUUUUACAUACACACACAUUCCAAUACAUCAGAUAAAAACAUUACAUACAUACAAUACCUCAGCACUCAUAUAUCCCAUGGCAUUUAGAUAUACUGACCUCAAUCACAGACAAAUAACAAUAUACACCAAAAUACGAACACGCACUAGUAAUGUAGCUCCACUGAUGAUGUACAGCUCUCAUAUUUUAAACUGAAAGAGGCUUUACCCGAACUGGGGUUGAAUUCAGGGAUAAAGAGACAAAGCUUUAUGCAAUUGUGAAAGACAAUGGUACUGUUCUUAUACUGUAGAUAUUUGAAGGUAAUAUUGUUUCUUUUUCAUGGGAAUGCAGCCAUAUUCGAUAACUUUGUUUACAUACAGUUUUGCACUCUACUGUACCAAAGGCCAUCUACCCACUGCAGUUAAGUAUGGGUUGCACUUUAUUAAACAACAACUUCGAUAUUAUGACACCUUGGUCGAUGUCUAACUAAAAGGAGCAUUUACUCUGAUACAUUGACUGUAAAUGAUACAGAUGAUAUUGAUGUGCAAAUAACUUUGGCAGUCUUAAAAUAUUGCAGUGUGUAUGUGGCCAACGAGUGUAAAAUAUAGAAAAUUAUACUUCACAAUUAAAUUGGUAUUGUUGUCAUAUUGUUGUCAUAUUGUUGAACUACCUUAAAAACAUUUUCUGGGUGAAAUACAAUUUAAGAUGUAAUGUUGUUUUGAUGUGGUGAAUGUGUAGUGCCAUGAAAUAACUUUUUUAACUCUGAAAUGUUCUCACUUUGUAAUAUUAAAAUGUAGUUAGUACACACCUAAGUAGCAGAACAAAAACAACGACCAUUAGAUAUCUGUGUUUUCUUAUUAUAAGCCCGUAGACUUCUACAGCAUUAAUCUCUAAGUUUAUUUUUUCUAUUGUUCGACCGAUUGGCAUUUAAAUCCACAUAGUUACACACAUGUACAUAUUAUACAUGUAUUUAACCCAGAAAAUCUCUUCGAUUUGUAAAAGUGAAGAGUUUUAGCAGUUUUACCAACCUGAUGUUUCUCACUGAUCCCUUCUCAGAUACUUAAGAAGAGAAGCAUGUUAAACUUGCAUCUUGUAUGAUUUUUUAAAUAAUUUAUUUUGGAAUGAUUUUGUACUGUAAUUGGUUUUGCCUGUUUUUAAUUGCAUCCAAAGAAAUCUGAUUGAACUUUAUUUAUUUGGUUAUUUGUAGUAUAGUCAAAACGUUGCUGUGACCUUAAAAUGCACAAAAUCACUUUCUUGAAUUAAAUAUGAAA